AUGGGCCCCCGCACCCUCGGGCAGCUGCGCCAGGCCAUCAAGCCCGAGUCGCGGCCCUCGCCCAAGGCGUCGUACUACGUGCCCGACCACCUCAAGGCCGCCGACGGGGCAGGGAAGCAGGACCAGAUCAUCAUCGAGGUGAAGCCCACGGUGCCCGAGCGACAGCAGCAGCAGCAAGAGAAGAAGAAGGCCGGGAAUAAGGCGGCCGGGUGGACGUCCGACAUGUGGCAGAAGAUGACAAGCUCGGCGGAAAAGGAAGAAAAGGGCGGCGUCAGCAAGGAAGACCUGGAGAACAUGGACGAGAGGGAGAGGAACAUUGAGGGAUGGAAGGUCAAGGACCAGAAGAACCCGGACCCCGAAGCGUCGAACCAGAAGCCCAUCAGUCGCGCCGAGAGGCGGAGGCUAAUCAAAGAAGAGCUGAGGCGGUUGGCGGAAGGGGAGGAGAAGGUCUACUACCAGAGACGACUGUGGUAG